CCUUGAAGUUCACAAAAGAAAACGCCGAGGUAUGGAAUUCGAUUCUUCCCCUUUUUCAACUCGUUCUAUUGAAAGCAUCCACCAAUUAUCUCUAUAUGCCCAAACCCUAAUUUCCCAAUCCAAUAUUGACUAAGGUGAUUAUUUUCUCCAGUUUUUUCAAGUCAUUUUGUGAUGGAAUUCAAAUGUUUCUCGUGAAACCACAGCUGAUUCUGCAACCCAAGCACCUGCCGUGCAAAUCAGCGGUGAAGUUUGGCUAGCUUCCUUUGCCUCGAUUCAGGCUUUUUAUGUGUCGAUCUCUUUAUCAAAAUUAUUAAUUGGUUGCAUGAUCAUGGCUGGUGUCAACAGUUGUCCACGUCUCAUGGUAGUCUCAGAUCUCGAUCUUACAAUGGUUGAUCAUUAUGAUUCUGAAAACCACUCAUUGCUUAGAUUUAAUGCCUUAUGGGAAGCCAAUUAUCGCCAUAAUUCUCUUCUGGUUUUCUCAACUGGAAGGUCACCUGCAAGCUACAAAGGGUUGAGGAAAGAGAAACCCUUGCUAAGCCCAGAUAUAACAGUUUUGUCUGUGGGAACUGAGAUAGCAUAUGGUGAAUCAAUGGUGCCAGACAAUGAUUGGGUUGAAUUUCUAAAUCAGAAUUGGGAUAGGAACAUGGUCAUAGAGGAGACAAGGAAGUUUCCAGAGCUGAAUCCUCAGUCAGAAACAGAGCAGCGGCCGCACAAAGUUAGCUUUUAUAUUGAGAAAGAUAAGGCUGAUGAAGUGAUAAAGGCUUUGUCAGAAAGUUUGGAAAAGAAUGGGUUGGAUUUUAAAAUAAUUUAUAGUGGAGGAAGAGCUUUGGAUGUAUUACCCCAAGGUGCUGGCAAAGGACAAGCUCUUGCAUAUUUGCUAAAAAGGUUAAAGACUGAGGGAAAGGUCCCUGAUAACACUCUUGUUUGUGGGGAUUCUGGAAAUGAUGCUGAACUUUUCAGUGUUCCAGAAGUUUAUGGUGUCAUGGUUAGCAAUGCCCAGGAAGAGUUGUUGCAGUGGUACACUGAAAAUGCUAAAAAUAAUCCUAACAUAAUCCAUGCAACUGAAAGGUGUGCAGCAGGAAUUAUACAAGCCAUUGGUCAUUUUAGCCUAGGUCCAAAUACAUCUCCAAGAGAUGUUCCCCACUUCUCAGAGUGUAAGCCAGAUAAUGUCAAUCCUGGUCAUGAAAUAGUGAAAUUUUACCUGUUCUAUGAGCGAUGGAGAUGUGCAGAAGUUGAGGAUACAGAUCCAUGUAUGGAAAAUCUGAAAGUGGAUUAUCAUCCAGCUGGUGUUUUUGUCCAUCCAUCUGGUGUUGAACGAUCUCUUCAUGACUGUAUAAAUGCAAUGAGAAGCUGCUAUGGUGACAAACAAGGAAGAAAAUUUCAGGUGUGGGUGGAUCGGGUUUCACCAGUGCAGAUGAGUUCAGACACAUGGAUAGUGAAAUUUGACAAGUGGGAAUUAUCCGGAGAUGAGCGGCACUGUUGCAUAACCACAGUUGUAUUGAGUUCCAAGGGGGGCGAUGCUUCAGAUGGUUUCACUUGGCGGCAUAUGCAUCAGACAUGGUUGGAAGGAUGGGGAGUGAAAGACCAUUCAAACUGGCUCUUCUAGAUUGCACACACACAAAGAUCUGAGUAACUCACUGUAUCUUCUGUUAGAAUAAAUCUUACAGUAGUUAAUACAUAUAUUUUUUUUUUUUAUCCAUGUAUCACAUCAUCAACUUCUUGAAGAUGACUGAUGAAAUAAUUAAACACAAGUCAAAAUUUGCAGUCAGAUCCCUUGUUAUAUUUUCUUC